AUGGCCUCGGACGAUUUGGCAGCGACGUUACCUGAGCUCAAGGAGAAGGACCUCCCGCCGUAUUCGCCCGGGAUUGAGAAGGAGAAGCUCGACUUGGACCCAGAGGCAAGCAAGGACGAUGUCUCGAUUGCGCUCGGCAAAGAGCCUGUCAUCGUCGAUGGCAAGGACGUCUCGAAGUACGUCGUGGACUUGCGCGACGACGGCGACGCGGCUAUCACCUUCCGUUCCCUUGUCCUCGGCACACUCAUGUCUGCCCUCACUGCCACUCUGAACCAGCUAUACACGUUCAAACCCGUAGAAACGAACAUCUCGGGUGUCUUCGCCUUACUGGUCGUUUACACGUUGGGACGGGCUUGGGCAAGAUUCCUUCCGACGCGCUCAUGGGUGGAGGGCACGCGUUUCGAGCGCUACGGGCCUUAUCUUCACUUUUUGAACCCCGGUCCCUUUGGUAUCAAGGAGCAUGUCAGCGCGACGGUGAUGGCCAGCACGGCCGCUUGGGGAUCGACUGCUGUACUCAAUUUCGCAGUCCAACGGCUCUACUACGACACCAACGUCAAGGCAACGACCGCCGUCCUUGCUACUUUCUCCACAUCUGUCUUCGGCUACGGUAUUAUCGGCUUGUUGCGGCCGCUCAUCAUCUACCCUGGCGAGAUGGUGUUCUGGCAGAAUCUGCCGACAGUCGCCGUCUACCAGACUCUGCAUCAUGGAGCGGUCAACAACUCGAAGCGGAUCAAGUUCUUCUGGAUUGCGUUUGGGCUCAUGUUUUGCUACGAGAUCAUCCCGGCGUACAUCUUCCCACUCCUCAACGGUUUUAGCAUUAUCUGCCUCGCCUCGCAGAAAGCCAAUCCCGGAGCUCUCGAUGUCAUCACCAACUUGUUCGGCGGAGCAGAGGGUAACGAGGGCCUCGGUAUUCUGAACCUCUCCUUCGACUGGCAGUACAUCGGUGCAAAGUACAUGAGUCUGCCUCUGACGCAACAAGCCAACCGCUGGGUGGGAUACUUGAUCAGUUACAUCGCCAUCUCUGCUAUCUUCUACUCUAACACCUGGGACGCCAAGUCGUUGCCUAUGAUCUCAACCUCACUCUUCUUCCCGAACGGGACGAGGUACAAGCAGUCUGCCGUCUUUACGGGCUCUGGUGUCUCUUUGAACGUCACUGCGCUCGAAGAAAUCGGUCUUCCUAGCAUGACGGGCUCGAAUGCCUGGUACAACCUCUGCAUGAACCUGGCAAUCGGCGGACUCUUCGCACAUUGCCUCUGCUUCUGGGGACCAUUCGUUCGCGACUCGUACGCAAACUGGCGCAAUAAGAGCUUCGAGGACCCACACUACCAGGCAAUGCUCAAGUACAAGGAGGCACCACAGUGGUGGUACCUGAUCCUACUCCUCCUCGGCUUCCUUGCCGGUGUUAUCGCGUGCGCGAAGGGCGAGACCACGCUCCCCGUCUGGAGUUUCGUUGUUGCGCUACUGCUCGGGAUGUUCAUCACGCCGUUCAGUGCCAUGCUCUACGGCCUCAUGGGUUCGGCAGUCUCGACCAACCAGAUCUCCAAGAUGGUUGCUGGUGCGAUCAACCCCGGCAAGCCCGUUGCGAACCUCUACUUCUCGAUGUGGAGUCACGAUGUCAUUUCUACGGCCAUCGGUAUGGCUGAGGACCUCAAGAUCGCACAGUACCUGAAGAUCCCUCCGCGCUCUAUGUUCUUGAUUCAGAUGUGGGGAACUGUUAUCGGCAUGAUCAUCAACUACGUGGUCAUGGUGUCUGUUGUAACCGCCCAGCGCGAGGUCCUCUUGAGUUCGGCCGGCACCAAUAUCUGGUCUGGUCAAACCGUUCAGUCGCUUAACACCAACGCUGUAACAUGGGCGCUCGCCAAGUACCUCUACACACCGUCGGGCCCGUACUUCAUCAUCCCCAUGGGUCUCUUCAUAGGCAUGGUGCCUACGAUCAUUCAGCGCGCUGUUGCCUGGCGCUGGCCUAACCUGCACAUCGGUCCCGUCCACAUCAACGACGUGAUCCUGCCUCUCAUCUGGAGUUACUCCGCGACCAUGUACGCUGGUGUAACGUCCAUCUAUACGUCCAUCACCAUCGCCGGCAUCGUGACGCAGGUUUACUGGAGGACCAGACAUCCGCUGUCCUUCAGAAAGUACAACUACAUCCUUGGCGGUGCGCUGGAUGGUGGUGCACAGGUCAUGAUCUUCCUACUCUCCUUCGCCGUCUUUGGUGCAGCAGGCACCGAGCGGCCCUUCCCCUUCUGGGCUGGCAAUCCCGCAAAAGGGAAUGUCGACUACUGUAAUGGCAAUGGCGCAUUGGAUUAG